GCCCGGUAUGAGUUAGAGAGAUUGUUUCCUGGUUUUUCUCUUAGAAAUUGACAGAGUUUCUUUGGUUGGCCUUUGUGAAUUUAAGUGUGACGAGAUGCCUGCAAUACUGACCUCCAGACCUCAGACCGGUCUUUCUUUCCUGGCACCAGAACCAGAAGAUCUUGAGGACCUCUACAGCAGAUACAAGAAGCUGCAGCAGGAGCUGGAGUUCCUGGAGGUGCAGGAGGAGUACAUCAAAGAUGAACAGAAGAACCUAAAGAAAGAGUUCCUCCAUGCCCAGGAGGAGGUGAAGAGGAUACAGAGCAUCCCGCUUGUCAUUGGCCAGUUCCUGGAAGCUGUUGACCAGAACACAGCCAUUGUCGGCUCCACUACAGGGUCCAACUACUAUGUGCGCAUCCUGAGCACCAUCGACAGAGAGCUGCUGAAGCCCAACGCCUCGGUGGCUUUGCACAAGCACAGCAACGCUCUGGUGGAUGUGCUCCCUCCUGAAGCUGACAGCAGCAUCAUGAUGCUGACGUCAGACCAAAAGCCAGAUGUGAUGUAUGCUGACAUUGGUGGUAUGGACAUUCAAAAGCAGGAAGUUCGAGAAGCUGUUGAGCUGCCACUGACACACUUUGAGCUCUACAAACAGAUUGGCAUUGACCCACCCAGGGGUGUCCUUAUGUACGGACCUCCAGGUUGUGGCAAGACCAUGUUGGCCAAGGCUGUGGCGCACCACACUACAGCGGCGUUCAUCCGUGUGGUGGGCUCUGAGUUUGUUCAGAAGUAUUUGGGUGAAGGCCCUCGUAUGGUGCGUGAUGUCUUCCGGCUGGCGAAGGAAAAUGCUCCGGCCAUCAUCUUCAUUGAUGAGAUCGAUGCCAUCGCCACGAAGCGUUUUGAUGCGCAGACUGGAGCUGAUAGGGAGGUGCAGAGGAUCUUACUUGAGCUGCUUAAUCAAAUGGAUGGCUUUGACCAGACCGUCAAUGUCAAGGUGAUCAUGGCCACCAACAGAGCAGACACGUUGGACCCGGCCCUGCUUCGUCCUGGUCGUCUGGACAGAAAGAUCGAGUUCCCUCUGCCCGACCGCCGGCAGAAACGUCUCGUUUUCUCCACAAUCACCAGUAAAAUGAAUCUCUCUGAGGAGGUUGACCUGGAAGACUAUGUGGCCAGACCAGACAAGAUCUCUGGAGCCGAUAUCAACUCCAUCUGCCAGGAGGCUGGCAUGUUGGCAGUGCGUGAGAACAGGUAUAUCGUCCUGGCCAAAGACUUCGAAAAAGCUUACAAGACCGUCAUCAAAAAGGACGAGCAGGAGCACGAGUUCUACAAGUAGAGAGAAAAAAUACUUCUUGGAGGGGGGGGGGGGUAAAAAACAAAAAAGGUGUCCAGACACACACACGUUUGUUAUUGAUUUACGUCUGUGUGUCUGUAUCUACAGUGUGUCUUUUGAGGAUUUGCAGUCCCUGACAUUGAUAUUUGGACUAAGUUUCCCCACUGCAGCACAAGGCCUAAUGUCAGAAUUGACCUGUCAGCCUUGAGAAGACACACUACUAUGUGAAGGAGUGCUUUUUGUACAGGCACUCUACUGGUUCCUAACAAUAUCUGGCCCUGACUGUAGCUAGGAUAGAACAUUUGUAUCUAUAUGUACUCACCUAAGAAUACGUUACAAUAAAAAUAUCCAUUAAAGAUGUUUUCAAUAAUACAACGUAAA